AUGAUUUAUCUUCUUCGUAUUUCGUCUCUAUCGACUAAAUCCCGAGACUCGACAAGCUUAGGUCGAUUUCUGCUUUACGAUAGAAAUAAUCGGAACUUUAAUUUCACUGACGAAGAAGACGAAGAAGAGGAAGAAGACGAAGAAGAGGAAGAAGACGAAGAAGAGGAAGAGGACGAAGAGGACGAGGAGGACGAAGAGGACGAGGAGGACGAAGAGGACGAAGAAACGAAGGAGGAGGAGGAGGAGGACGACGAUAAUAAUGAGAGUUAA